AUGAGUUCCAACGAGGACCAAGGGGUGGACUUUAAACUUUACCGCUAUACACCUUCUCUGGUGGCAGCAAUCAUCUUCAUUGUUCUGUUCGUUCUCGCGACUGCCUAUCAUCUUUACCAAGUCGUUCGUACACGAUUCUGGUACUUUACAAUAUUCGUCGUUGGAGGAGCCUUUCAAAUUAUCGGUUACAUUUGCCGCGCACUCGCCCACAAUGACAAAGAAAACAUCCCAAUCUAUUCAGUCGGAACAAUCAUGAUCCUUCUCGCUCCUCCUCUCUAUGCAGCAUCGAUAUACAUGACCCUAGGGCGUCUCGUUGUGCAUUUGGAUGCCGAGAGCUUGAGUUUGGUGCCAGUAAAAUGGCUUACUGCAAUUUUCGUCACGGGAGAUGUGAUCGCAUUCCUGAUGCAAGCAGCAGGUGGCGGGAUCAUGGCAAGCGGGACUCUCAGCGCGAUGACCACUGGCGAGCAUAUCACAAUUGGCGGUCUUGCCGUACAAUUAGUGUUCUUCAGCGUAUUCAUCGUAGCUUCAUCAAUCUUCCACUACCGCAUUCGCAAUAAUCCGACUGAGAAGUCUAUUGGCCAAUCACGCUCAGGCAGUUGGGAAGCUGUCAUGGCCGGGCUCUAUGUGGCUAGCAUUCUUAUUCUCAUUCGGUCUAUUUUCCGAUUGAUCGAAUACGCUCAAGGCAACAGUGGGUAUCUCAUCAGCCAUGAGGUAUUUAUGUAUGUCUUUGAUUCGAUGCUUAUGUUCUUUGCCAUGGUUGUAAUGAGCGUUUUCCACCCGUCAAAGGUUCUUGCUCGGCCAUCGAGACUACCUCGCUCUUUAAGGAAGUCUCAAUCAGAGAACACGGAGCUAUACUCGACAGAAGUCUAG